UCUCUCCAUUACUUGAACGAAGACGAAGCUAGAAUUCACCUCCACGGCUAAGAAGUAAUCAAAGAACCAACUAGUUCGUCCGCGAACCACAACCACAGUCCAUACACAACUAAAUGAGAAAGAACCGUUUCGUUCAUGAUACUUGAAAAAGACCAAUCCAGUAUCCACCUUAACCGACCUUUCUCUCUUACCAGCUGUGGAUUUGAUUUUCCUCUUUUCAUUUCUCUCUCUCGCUCUGUAGCUUUCUUUUUUUAUCUCCUCAAAAACAACCUCUUUUGCUGCGACAAUAAUGAAAAAGUUUUAAACCCAUCUGCCUCUCCCUCUUUUCCCGUCCCUUUCCUUCUUCACACAUAAUCACUUUGCUUUUUCUCUUCUCUCAGCCUCUUCCCACGCCGCCACUACCCCAAGUUUAUUUUUUUUUCUCCUCUUCUGUGUUUUGCCUUUUCUCUGCCAUUUUCGUCUUUUGAGUUUACCUUGUAACCCUUACAUAUAUCUAUUGUUUGUGUGUUUGUGGGGAAAACGAAAUAUAUAUACCUGCUUUAGUGUCUGCGUUUCCCUUUCGAAAUCACUGAGGAAAUCCUUUUGGAGUUUCUUUUGCCUUGCGAGUUCUAGGAGAAGCAGAAAAAGAAGCCAAGGUCAGUCUUUUAGCAUCACAAUAUAUGUGUUCAUUGUUAUGGCUUAGUGGAAAGGCAAGAAAAGGACGGGGGGAAAGAAACCUUGUCACACUAUUUCUUCUUCUUCUUCUUCUUCUUAUCUCAUCAUCUUCACUGUUUGAUUCAGUACUCUUUUUUCCCCCUCACAGAACACUCUCUGGUCUUUCCUUCGUCAUUGAAAUAAACCCAAGCAUGGAAGAUGAAAACCCAGAUUUUUCAUCCCACAAAUUCCCAUCCAUGUCUCAGAUACUGGAAGAGCUGAAAGAGCUAUGGAGUAUGGUGUUACCCAUAACCGCCAUGAACAUGCUAGUGUUCGUUCGAGCGGUCGUGUCGGUUCUGUUUCUGGGUCGACUGGGGAAGCUAGAGCUCGCCGGAGGAGCCCUAUCCAUAGGCUUCACGAACAUCACAGGCUACUCUGUUCUCGCCGGGCUAGCCUCAGGGCUCGAGCCAGUGUGUUCACAGGCCUAUGGAGGCAAGAAAUGGGACCUCCUCUCUCUCUCUCUUCAACGCAUGGUCUUCAUCCUCCUCAUGGCCAGCAUACCCAUAAGCCUGCUCUGGCUAAACCUCGAGAACAUCAUGAAUUUCAUGGGACAAGACAGAGAAAUCACGGCAAUGGCAGGGAUUUACUGUUUCUACUCUCUCCCAGACCUUUUAACAAACACCUUGUUGCAACCGCUAAGAGUGUAUCUCCGGUCACAGCAAGUGGCGAAGCCGAUGAUGUUCUGCUCUCUGAUCGCUGUGAUAUUCCACGUGCCGUUGAAUUUCUGGCUGGUACGGCGGGGCGUGGCGGGGGUGGCGACGGCGUCGGUGGUAACGAAUCUGAACAUGGUGGUUCUGAUGACGGCGUACGUGUUGUUGUGGCGGAGGAACGAGAGGGGGAUGAGGUGGGUGUGGGGUUGGGAAGUGGUGGAGGAAGGGUGGUGGAAGCUGAUGAAGGUAGCGGUGCCGAGCUGUCUGGGGAUAUGCCUGGAGUGGUGGUGGUACGAGAUCGUGACGGUCAUGGCCGGCUACCUGCAGAAUCCGACUGUGGCCGUGGCGGCCACCGGAAUAUUGAUUCAGACCACCAGCAUGAUGUACACUGUUCCCAUGGCUCUCGCGGGCUGCGUCUCCGCCAGGGUGGGGAAUGAGCUUGGAGCUGGCAAGCCCUACAAGGCCAAGCUUGCAGCCAUGGUUGCCUUGGGAUGUGCAUUUGUGAUGGGCUUUAUAAAUGUGACGUGGACUGUGAUUCUUAGGAAGAUUUGGGCCGGGUUUUUCACUAAGGAUGAGUUUGUCAAAGCCUUGGUCGCCUCAGUUAUGCCCAUCAUGGGCUUGUGUGAGCUUGGGAAUUGCCCGCAAACCACGGGCUGUGGCAUUCUUCGUGGUACUGCCCGGCCUGUCAUUGGAGCCCACAUCAACCUUGGCUCAUUCUACUUUGUGGGUACCCCUGUGGCUGUGGGCCUAGCCUUUUGGUUCAAUAUUGGGUUUAGUGGGCUCUGGAUUGGGCUUUUGUCUGCCCAAGUGGCAUGUGCAGUGUCAAUCUUGUAUGUUGUCCUGGCACGCACAGAUUGGGAAGCUGAGGCAUUGAGGGCAGAAAAGCUUACUCACAUCGAGAUAAGUACGUACAAUGGGCUCGAGCCUAAAGCUAAAGAUAUGAAUAAAGAGAAAGACGAAGAAGCCAAGAAGUUUUUGGUGAAAGGAAAUGAAAACAAAGAAGAGAAGUGUUAGAAGAGAAUGGAGGGUUUCUUUUUCUAGUUUUGUUUGAUUAAUGUUGUUGAUGGGAAAUGUAAGAGUGUGUUUGGUUGGUAGGUGUCACCAUUGUGUAAAAGUGUUGAAUCUUUAGUACUUGUUACAUAGUUUGGGAAAUGGUCCUAAAUUUUGGUUGUGAAAAGUGGGUUGGGAUAAGUGAGGGUAAGCACAACAUAGUUGUAAGGGAUAAUGUGGGUCUGAUCAAGUUUGCAAAAUUUGAGAAAAGUGCCUCAGAGAUCACACCAAUGCUGCCGUGUUUCAAAGCUGUCACUGCACUCUGCACCUAAACCAAUGCAUUUCCUUUUCAUAA